AUGGGAUGGCAGAGGCUGGAAGGCACUUGUUGCUCCGCGCUGCGUAGUCCAGCAGCGGAUGCUCUUAGGCAUCCUCCAAAGCAGCGCGUCAAGCUCUUGCCUCCGCUGCACUCACUGCUGGGUUUCUGCCUCUCCCCAGGAAAUCCCGAGGCUGCAGCCAAGCCCAAUAGGAGUGCACCGGUUGGGAGACUACGACCGGGGAAGGAGGGACCGCCGCGACCCCCAAACCUGCCGCCCACAGCCCCCAAGUGCCGAGCAGUUUGCAGACCCAAACGCCAGGCCUCGCCGGCCACGCAGUGUCCCGCUCUCCCUCCAGCAGAGUUACCGUCCCCGAGCGGAGCGCAUCGUCGGGUGCCCCUUCCGGACAGGGAGGCUACACCCCGCCUCGGACGGCCCAAGGCUCCCCUCCUCCCAACCGGGCGCGAAUUCCCCAGGACCACCGGGCUCGCCGCCGCCACUCCCUCCAGCUGCGCAUCUCCACCAGUCGGAGGAGCCUCGGUCCCCACCUCCCAGGCGCUGUGCGAAGCCGUUGCCCUCCCCCGCCUCCGGGGCGUUCCGCUCGGCUUCCUGGCCCUAGCCGCCAGCAUCCGAGCGCACCGCUAUCCCGGGGCCCCCAAACCGGGGGAGGAGCCGGGCCUGGGAGGGGGCGGUCGGCUCGCAAAGUUUCUGCAAGUGGCACCUCGAGCUCGCCGCGAGCCAGAGAAUCUUUACGUAACUUUGUGUCCAGGGAACUUUGUUCACAGCCUUUGCUCAGAGCCCAGAGCAGCACAAGGCACGUUCUUUCUGGCCGAGAAGGUUGGCGAAGGGAAACGGAGUAUGGAGCUACCCAAAGGUGACGGUGCUGAUCUCUGCACGCGGUCACGAUGUUCAUGGUGGCAGAAACCGCGGGACUCCAAGUCAGAAGAUCCCAGCGGCCAGGCCCUCCUUGGGAAGCCUCCGUUUCUCCCUCAGCAAAAUGGGGUGAAUGAUAAAGAGCCUACAUCAGCCAGCUCCACGGACCCAUCGGGCGGUAAAAAACUUGGCGAGGAGCCUGACCAGGUGCAAUCUGGUGGUUGCAAGCAGCACGUCCUCAGAAUGGAGAGCCGCCCCUGCCGGAAGUUCUUCAGGUCCCAGGAAAACCCUUGAGGGAUGCCAGGGGCUGGAUGGUCUCAGAGGGUGGAUGAGGCUAUUAUUACAGCUGUUGCUAUUAUUCUUAAUUUAAUUAUUAUACACACGAAAUGGUGUUGGGUGUGGUGGACCAGGCUUGAAGGGAGGGGUGAGGAGAAAGAACUCAUGGGCUGCCUGCCCUGCUCAGUUCAGGAGGCAGGCUGGGCUGGGUGCAACCAGUCCCUGCUGGUGUGCUGUCUAACCUGGGAGGGUACUGUUUCUGAGACAUGACAGUGCAGCAGCACCUAGAACUUAAAAAAACAAAUAUAAGCACUUAUUCACUCCUUAGUAAGUUUUUCUUGUGUACCUACUAUGUGCCUAGCACUAUUCUAGGAGCUGAGGAUACAGCAAUGAACAAAAUCGACUAAAAAAAUUCCUGCUCUCUUGCCGUUUAUGUUGGUGUGAGGUGAGAUAGAUAAUUUAUAAAAUACAUAAUUAGAUGGCAGAGGAUGUCUGAUGAUGAGUGCUAUGUAGGGGGUGGGACGAAAGGAGAGCCUCUCUGAGAAGGUAAUAUUUGAGCUUUAAAAUAGUUCUAUCUGCUGUUGGUGGGAAUGUCAUUCGUGCAACCACUAUGGAGAACAGUAUAGAAGUUCCUUUGAAAACUAAAAAUAGAGCCACCAUAUGAUCCAGCAGUCCCACUCCUGAGCUUAUACCUGGAAAAUAUGGAAACUCUAAAUCAAAAAGAUACAUGCUCCCCAGUGUUCACAGUAGCGCUAGUUAUAAUAGCCAAGACAUGAAUGCAACCUAAAUGUACAUUGACAGAUGAAUGGAAUAAGAAAUUGUGCUGCAUACAUACAUAUAAUGGAAUACUAGUCAGUCAUAAAAAAGAAUGAAAU